AUGGCUCCACCAAAGGCGCAGAGGUCAGAUGUGCCUGCCAUACAAGUGGAAGAUGAUGUAUCGGAUUCGGAAUCCUCUCAAUCCCAACCCGAAAACGACCCUAACGAAUCUUCUGGUUCCGAAUCUGAUUCACUGGACAGCCAGACCUCUAGGAAACGAAGGAAAGUUGCUCCUCUCGAAGACGAUGCGCUUCCAAUUGUAGCCGUAGCAGCACCAUCUCGAUUCAAAGCGAAAGCCCAGAACUCAGCCGUGGAACAGAAGACUGCUGCAAGUGGCAUUUCAGUCCCGGUUGACCACCAGACCAGCUUUGCUGCUUUGAAUGUCAAGCCAUGGCUAGUGGGGGCUUUGGAAGCGAUGGCAAUUAAGAGACCAACAGGCAUUCAGAAGGGCUGUAUUCCAGAGAUCUUGAAGGGAAGGGAUUGUAUAGGAGGAAGUAGAACUGGAUCGGGAAAGACCGUGGCUUUUGCUGUGCCGAUUCUACAGACCUGGGCAGAGGAUCCUUUUGGUAUAUUUGCCGUGAUAUUGACUCCAACGAGGGAACUUGCUCUUCAGAUAUACGAGCAAAUCAAAGCUAUCUCAUCGCCCCAACAAUUGAAGGCUGUCUUGAUUACGGGCGGGUCUGACAUGCGACCUCAAGCAACUGCUCUUGCGCAGCGACCACACAUUGUAAUAGCGACGCCGGGACGAUUGGCUGACCAUAUAAGAACAUCUGGAGAAGAUACAAUAUGCGGUUUGAGACGGGUUCGAAUGGUGGUUCUCGAUGAAGCGGAUCGAUUACUAGCAAGUGGGAGUACGGGCAGUAUGAUACCAGACGUAGAGGAAUGUCUCUCUGUUCUCCCACCUCCAGCAAAACGACAAACACUUCUCUUCACAGCGACCAUUACACCAGAAGUGCGUGCUCUCAAGGAACUCCCCAGGACACCAGGUAAACCACAGGUCUUCGUUUGCGAAGUCGACACGCAGAAACUGGCUAUUCCCGCUUCAUUGAGGCAGAUGCAUCUCCAAAUCCCGGUCACACACCGAGAACACUACCUUCAUAUGUUCCUUCUCACAGACGUCAACCUCCCAAAAUCAGUUAUCAUAUUCUGUAAUCGUACUGCCACGGCAGAUUACCUCACGCAUCUCCUCCGUCUUCUCGAACAUCGGGUCACAGCCUUACACUCUAAACUUCCACAACGCCAACGAAUAGACAAUCUAGGACGGUUUCGCGCCUCAGCAGCAAGGAUCCUCGUCGCUACAGAUGUUGCGGCUAGAGGUCUGGAUAUCCCCGAGGUUGGCUUAGUAGUAAACUACGAUAUUCCCCGUGAUCCAGACGACUAUAUCCAUCGUGUCGGAAGAACGGCAAGAGCGGGAAGGAAGGGUGAUGCAGUCACGUUUGUCGGACAGAGAGAUGUACAGCUUGUCCAGGCUAUCGAGGCUCGUGUUGGACGACAAAUGGAAGCUUGGGAGGAAGAAGGUGUUAAUCUCGAGACCAGAGUUAUACGAGAAGCAUUGAAGCUUGUGGGGGAAAAGAAACGAGAAGCUAUGCUUGAGAUUGAAGAGGGAAGAGAAGUUGGAGGCAAGAGGAAACGAGGGAUGCAGAAACUAGGGAAGAAGUGA